AUGGAAAAUAUUAAAAAUUUGAAAAAAUCCUUAGAGAAUAAGUAUGUAAAAUAUUUUGAAAAAAAGAGUAAUGAAAAGGCGUCUGCGAAUGAAGAUCAAAUAAAUGAAAAUAUAAAUAAUGUUCAUACGUUAAAUAUAAAAAAGGAAAAAGGUAUAGAUACAUCGAAUGAAAUUAUACAAGAUGAAAAUGAAAAAAAAGGAAAUAGUAAUAAUUUAUAUAAUAUGAAAAAUGCUAGCGUAAAAGACCGGGGGAACAUAAUUGAAAAGGAAACAAAUAUCUUAAACUAUUCAAGUAGUGUAUUAGAUGAAAUAAAUAAUAGAGACAAUACUGAUGAUACUAAUGGAAUAAACAAAAGAUUAAUUAAAAGGGAAGAUGAAACAAAUGGUAAUUUAAUAGGAAAUAAUAAUAAAAGAAUAUUUGAUAACGAAAUAAAAGAAGGGAGUUCGAAAAGACUAAAAGUUGAAGACUGUACAACAAAGGAUUGUGAAUUAAGUUUAUAUAAUGUAUUAAAUAAUCUUCUUUUUUAUAAUAAUAAAAAUGAUAUAGAAUUAUUUAUGAAAAAAAUAAAAAAUAAUUUUCUUUUUUAUUGGAAAGAAUGUGAGUGUCAACUAAAGGAGCUACAAAAAUGUUAUGUACAAAGUGAAAAGUUAAUCAAAGAAAUUGUUUGUGAAAAUAAGAACGCAAUAAUAAGUAACAGGAACAGUAGUGUGUGUACUGAUAUGCAAAGGGAAUCAAAUGAAAUAUUAAAAAUAGAUAAAAAAAGAAAAAUAUUAAAUAAUAUAAUGAACAUAAAAUUGACAUAUAGGAUCGUUGAAAUGUAUUUAUUUACUAUGAGGCAAUUUUGUCUUUUAUUAAAAGAAAAUAAUAAUUUUAUAUCACUAAUUUUAGAUGAAGAAAAUAUAGAAAAAAAAAAUUAUGAACGAAUAAAUGGAAAUUUAUUGACAUUUCAGGCAAAGAAUUAUGAAGAUAUUAAAAAGUAUACCUUAAAAAAAAAGAAAACAAAGUUAUACAUGGAUGAUUUUUUAAAAAUUGUAAAUAAAAAUAACACUUGUUCAAAAGAUGAAGUUUCUCAUUUCUAUACCUUGAAAUGUUUAGAAGAGGAAAUUUCCGAACGAACUAAUGCAAAAGCAGAUUUAUUAUACUUAAUGAUAAAGAAGAAAGAAUGUGCUGAAGAAUUUGCUAAACAAGAUCAAAGAAAGGUUACAUCAUAUAAUAAAUUGGCCUUGUUUACAAAUAGCAUUAAAUCAAUUAUUGAUAAAUAUAAUUCAUUAGAUGUAGAACAUUCUAAAUAUUUAUCCACCUUUUACUACAAAAUGGUUCAUGUUCAAGACGAUUUAAACAUAAAUAAUAUUUCAGUUUUAAAUAAUAAAAAACCAUUUAAUUUUUUGUUUAAUUUUAAAGAACAAAGUAAUAAUAAUGAUGUAUUUACAUAUAUGAAAUAUAAUGUUGUUACAAAAACUAGAAAUAAAGUAAAAAAUACUGCACCUUCAAAAUCCAAAGAGGAGGAUGUCCAUGAGGAAUAUAUAAGUAUAAAUGUUUAUACAAAGGAUAAUUUUGACAUUUCUAUUUUACCUGAUAUAAAAUAUCUUAAAUAUUUGAAUGUACAAAUAGAUGUCUCAUAUUUGUUUAGUACUGAUUGUUUAGUAGCAAAAACGGAUCUUAUUGAAUUCAUAGGGUUGAAUGAUGGUAGAAAAUUUCUUUCAGAUAUAUACAGCAACCAAGAUCACUUUGUUUUGUUUUCUGAAGAUAUAAAUCAUUUUCACAAUUUUAAAUACGGAUUCCCCUUCUUUUGGCUAAAUGCCCUUGCGGAAAAACCGUACGAACUUGAAGCACUGGGUGAAACAGUACAGAGUAACCAGUUGAAUAAAAAGGAGGACAACAACAGCAGCGGUAAUAGUAACAGUAGUAACAAAGGCAAUACUACCGAUCAAUCACAAAAAGAGAAACUACAUAGGAAUCAGUUAUUAGAAAUAUACAACUGGCAUUUAAAUAGAACCCUAGAUGUGUCUAUAUUUUUCUCCAAAAUAUUUACAAGGGUCUUAUUUAGGAUAUGGGACAUUUGGCAAAUUCAUCAUUAUAAGUAUUACCCGAAUGUUUUCCCCCCAUUCUCGCACGAAAAGCAUCUUGAAGCCUUAAAGAAAAUUCAGUCAGUUUCGUUGCAGCAAAUAUCUUAUUUUGACAUUAUAAUGGAGGAAGCUUACUUGAAAGAGGAACAAGAAAACAACGAUGAAUGCAGUAAAGAUAAUAUUUAUGCAUGUUGCUUUAUUCAGUUAUAUGAUUCCUGUAUGGUUAAGGCUUAUAUCAGUAUCCCCUUCAACGGAAAGGAACCAUGUUUUAGUGUAUUUUUAACAAAAAAAAAAUACUCAAGAAGGCUAAAGAAACUACAAGAUUAUUUGAACACGACAGUUAUAAAUAAACAUUCCAAAGUUGAGGACACCCAAAGACAAAUAAUACUAACACUUCAGAUAGCAAAAUUAAGGGAGGGAGCUCAUAAAUAUUAUAAGUCAUUUAGCAAAAAUUCCACACUUAUAUUUGAUGAAGAAAUAAGUUGA